CAAAAUUAGUUGAGGAAGAAUAUUUUGUAGCACCACCUGGAAAUAUACCAUUAGAACCGAAAAACCAAGAGGUCAUAAAGGAACAGCUGUUAAAAAGGAAAAAUUAAUUUACUCAUUCUUGAAAAUAAGAAACCGUAAGGACAUGAGUGAACAUUUGAGAAAAAUAUUAGAACUAUCAACAAAGUUGGGAUUUUUUAAAAUGGUUGAAUCUAAUAAUGUUAAAACUAUAAGUUUUGGACCUUUGGCAAUACUCUUGGCAAAUAAUAUCCACAAUGAAUGGUUCCGCAGCAAUGUUAUAAACUCAGAACUGAAUACAUUCCUGUAUGAAAGUAAUCCGGACCACACUUGGCAAGAAGACAGUCAACUAGCAUACAACCAGCUAUUACAGGCUAACAGUGAACAAUUACCAUUUGGACUUGCAUCAGCAUUUCAAACCUGUAUGCCUACUAAGGCUAAUGAAGACAAGGAUAGCCAACUACAGGGAAUGACUCAUUGCCAAACCAAAGGUUACAGGCAUUUAGUGUUUAUCAGUGAAAAAGAUAGCCAAAAGUAUUUCUACAGACUGCAACUGAAACGAAGGAUUUGGUGGCGCAAGUUUUCAACAGAUCCAGAAAGAUUUCAAAUAUCUGAAUACAAGACUGGUGAACAUGGGGAAUAUGUACAGAUAUCAGCUAAGUUUCCAUUUACUACAGAAGUUGUUGAGACCAUUCAUAACCAUAGCAGUAGCCUGUUGAAUGGAUAUGGAUCACUGUUUGAGGUAAAAGUGGGACGUAAGAAGAUGAUGCCACAUGUGAUAGAGAGUGUUUGCCUCGAAAGACCAGCAGUAUUGACGUAUCUGUGUGAUGCUUUCCAGACACAACCAGCCCGCGCUGUGUUACGACUUCACCAUAGCCUCGCACCCUACAAGGUUGCAUUAGCUGUGGAUCCUAGAGAAGAUAGACUGGAAGAGUUGGGUCAGCUGGCCACCUUCCUGUGCCUGAACCUACGCAAGGAAGGUGUACACACACUGUUUAUCUCAAGCAGCCGCUCCAAGAAGACUAAAGAGGCACAGUUAGGUUUUCACGAUUCAAUUGGUAUCCCUUACACUGUAGUGGUGAAUGCCGAAUCGUUGAUCAAUGGAAUUGUGGGUCUGCGCAGCCGAGACACCACUCUACAGGAACAAGUUCAUGUAAGCAAGUUAACAUCAUACAUGCAACGACUAUUGAGCUGAUCACUAGAAUAUUAUUAAAGUUAUAAAAAUAA